CAGACUGCGGCAAUGUGCCCCUUCAGCUAACUAGUUCCCUGCCUUGAGAUAUCUCAGACCUAUCACAUCACGAGAAUCCAUGUCGCCAUCUUGAAAUCAGACCUCCACUUCUUUAUCCGAAUAUCACAUUCUUCACGUUAUCAUGCCAACUAGCCGGCAAGGCAGUUAAACGGAGGCCGGUACACAUUCAUAUUGCGAGUCUGUCCACAUUGUCUAUUAUGCAACAAUAUAUCACCCAUCAAGAGAUUGCCUGAAGCAUUAUUAUGGCAAUGGCGCAACAUGACGCGAGAGAAGUAUCCUCGGAUAAACAGCUCGAUAUAGACGAAAAGAAUGUUGUCCUCGACCCAACAACAUCGUAUACCACCGAAGAGGAGAAGCGUGUGUUGCGCAAGAUCGAUCUUACAAUCAUGCCCCUAAUGUGCUUAGUAUUUUUUCUCCAGUAUCUCGAUAAACAGUCUCUUAGUUAUGCAUCAGUGUUUGGCCUCAUUACCGAUUUAGAGAUGACUAGUAGCCAGUAUUCGUGGUGCUCAUCGAUAUUCUAUAUUGGACAACUGGUUGCAGAAUAUCCCUGCAUCUACCUCAUGUCAAAGCUACAUUUGAAUCAACUUGUCGGAGCAACUGUAAUACUUUGGGGAGUCAUGUGCAUGUGCCUAGCCGCACCAACGUCGUUUCAUGGCUUCGUUGCUGUAAGGUUCUUGCUCGGAUUUACCGAAGGCGCUGUGUCACCAGCCUUUGUGACCAUCACUUCUAUUUGGUAUCAAAAGUCAGAACAUGCUUCUAGGACUGCCCUUUGGGUCACAAUGAACGGUCUCGCUCAAGUUAUAGGGUGCCUUUUAAUGUACGGGAUUGGGAGAAACACAUCACUGGCACUGGCACCUUGGCGUGUCAUGUUCAUCGUAUGUGGAGCACUCACGGCCGCAGCUGGGGUUUUGUUCUUCUUCCUGAUGCCCAACGGACCCAGAGACGCGUGGUUUUUGAGCCAUCGCGAGAAGGAGGUGCUAUCACAACGCAUGGCAAGAGAUCGCGAGGGAGGCGACAAGACCUCUUUUUCUGUGCGCCAGCUUCGAGAGGCAGUGUUCGAUAUCAAGACUUGGUUUGUGUUUUCAUUCGGCGUACUAGUUACGAUGCAAUCCCCUGUGCUUACAUUCGCCUCACUUGUCAUAAACACCAUUGGCUACGAUCGGUACCAGACAAUGCUUUAUACUGCACCCUCCGGUGCUGUUCAGAUCCUUCUCCUAUGGAUCGGCGUGAUUGGCUGCUGGUUGUUUCCGCGCAAUCGUACCUUCGUCAUCAUGGCACUAAUCAUCCCGCCCCUCGUUGGCAACGUCUUACUCCUCAAAUUCUCUCUCAAUUCCUCCUGGGGCAUGAUUGCUGCAUCGUGGCUGGCCUCAUGUAUCACCGCCGUUAUGUCGCCGCUGCUGUCACUUGCAGCUUCAAAUGUAAAAGGUAACACUAAACGCUCGGUCGUCAGUGCAGUCUUCUUCAUUGGAUAUUGCGCUGGAUGCAUUGCGUCACCGCAGUUGUGGACUGAGAAGCCAAGGUACUUCAGUGGUGUUGUGACGGCGUUGGUCACGUGGUGUUUGUUGUUUGUCGUUGUGACUUUCUACUGGAUUGUAUGCAUGAUGGAUAAUGCGAAGAGGGAUCGAAGGAACGUGGAUGUGAGAGAUCAUGUGAACGAGGAUCCCACGAUUCUGGAUGAGAAUGGUGCUCCGCUUCUAGAUUUGACAGACAAAGAGGAUGUGAAGUUUCGAUAUAGUUGGUAGAGAAACUCACGUCUCAUUAAUACCAACACAAAUAGCUGCUUGCAUAUCACCGACUUGGCAUCGGCAUUGAACAGACA